UAAUCCCAACACUCUGCUAACUUUGUAACCAAACGCGAACCAACUCUUUAAACCCAAUACCAAACAGAACUCUUCCUCUUCGAUAUCUGCAAAUCUUCCAAGCCGCUAUGGUUUCUUCUUCAGCCCACCUUUUCUCCUCCAUCUUCUCUCCUCAACUGAUCCCAUCACCGCCCCAGUCCCUCUUCCAACCGUUGAUUCAACCGCUGCAGUGCGAAUGACGGCUACGAAAUCUGCAGCUAUGUGGGUUUGUCGGCGGCAAGGCUGGUGAAGGACCCGACUUCAUCUUGGCGAGUGAGAUCGAGCACGGCGUGGCUGUGGAGGACAAGAUUGGUGAAGUGAAGUCUAUGGCUUGUAUCUGGAAGAUGAUGGCACAGCCGACGAGGUCGCCGUGACCGGCUCUGAAGAUUUACGCAGACUUGUUGGAGAGGAGGAAGACUAUUGUUUGGUCACGGGUUUAAAGCAUGGAUUUGUGUUUGGUUACAGAGAUGGCAAAGCCCUCGGAUUGACAGUUGUUUUAAAAUUAUUGGGCCAAGUAUAUAGUCAGUGAAAUUGGAUACUUACUGAUCGGUACCCAAUUAUUGUCCUUUUUUUAUUGAAAAAUUGUAACAAAUCACAAGUUUUUUUUUUUGGCAAAAAAAAAAAAAAAAAAAUCACAAGGUCCAAUUUUGACACAGCAAAAGGUCCCGCAGCCAAACAAAGCCCUAAUAUAGUCAGCCGAGAACUCCGAGUCUCUCAGACACGCAGGUCGCUUCCACACUAUCAUGCGCACUGCGGCUGUCACCUCUCUCUGUUAGUCCAUGGCUCACUUGAAGACCAAUUCUCCUCUCUCUCGUUGCAUCGUCCGCUCCUUCUUGGAUUUCCUCAAUUCCGUUGAACCAGCUUCUGGUGUUGAUAAUGAAAGCAUUGAGGUUGCAAGGGAAUGCUUGCAUGAGGCUUUUAAUCUUAAUACAUCUGUUGCUGAUGAUGGGAUUGAACCCCUGUCGUUGGUUGAUCUUUUUAGUUCACCGGAGUUGAACAAGCUUCGGGAGAAGAAACCUGAUCACGUUCAUCGAUCAAACUCAGUUGAUGCUCCUGGUUCAUCGGCUGCACCGGGGGCUGAUAAUGCCAAUCUUUCGAAGGGUAAGGAUUUGACAAGCAAUCACCAUGAUCUAGGGGAGUCUAAAGACGCACUGUUUGGGCAAUUCUUUUCUGCACUCUUUGAGAGAAGCCUCUUUUUUAAGACCCUGCCUGAUGGUAGUGAUGACCCGGUGAGAUUAGAGAAAGCGACUAAAAUAUUCCACGAGGCUUUAGCUGAGAUGGAAAGAUCUGGAUGCAUGGAAUUAAGUCCUAAAAACCUGGCAGAGACCUUGAAAUCACAAGGUAAUAGGGGCAUGCAAUCAAAGCUGUACCCCAAGGCAAUUGAGUUGUAUGAUUGUGCCAUUGCCCUUUGUGAAAGUAAUGCCAUUUACUACUGUAACAGGGCAGCUGCUUACACUCAGAUGCACAAAUAUACUGAAGCAAUCGAAGAUUGCCUUAAGUCAAUUGAAAUCGACCCAAAUUACAGCAAGGCAUAUAGUCGUCUGGGAUUAGCUUACUAUGCACAGGGGAACUACCAUGACGCUAUAGAGAAAGGGUUUAAGAAAGUGUUGCAAUUGGAUCCGAACAAUGAAGCUGUCAAAGAAAACAUUCGGGUGGCUGAUCAGAAACUGAAAGAUGAACAACGACGAGUGGAAUCUGGUCAGAACACCAGUUCGUUUAGUAGUAGUAAUGGUUCAGAACACCCCAACCAGUCUACCGAAGGGUCAAGAAACCAUGCUGCACCGCCUCCAUUUGGUUCUAUGCCCUUCAAUACAGGUGCCCUUCCUGCUGAAUUUGCCAGUAUGUUCAUGAACAUGGCUGCAAAUGCAUACCAAGGACAACAUUCUCAAGAUAGCCAAGGAAAUGAUAGCGGCACCGACGGAUCUGAUGAACCGGGAGUAAGGAUUGGGGGUAACAUCAACUUGAAUUUCGGAGAACAAAUGCCUGAGGAACUAUCCGGAGCUUUGAGAUCGGUGAUGGAAAUGUUUUCAGGAGCAGCAGCAUCCCAUGGAAAUUCACAAGAUACUAGGAGUGAAAGACCAAGACCGAGCUAAAGAACUGCAGCGCGUUGGAACUGUAUAAAUUCUCACAACCCUUUUUGUAUCAUUGCUGUCCAAAAUAAACCUUGGGAAAUGACGAGACGAAACGGGAGUAUUAACACAUCCUUGGUCAUUUCAAUCGAUGAUUAGAAGGGUAGUUUGGUAAUUUGAGAAUGACUAUGUUGGUUGAGAAAUGUACAAAGGUUUGGAACAAAACUUAUAUAUCUCCGUUGCAUGCACGCUUGUUCAUGUC